CGUCCUUUCACAGGGCUCGUUUCCGACUCUGCCCCGGGUCAAUGAGAGUGAGACAGUCCGCAGCAGAACGCCGUCGACUCUCAGCACGCGAUUCAAAACGUCCCGGCCCGUGGAAGAGAAACUCUCGCCCUGCCUGACUUGAAAGCCGAAAUCCGACCGUUUCUCUUUCCCACGACCCGGCCGACGCGUUAUGCUCCCGGACAGCCCCUGAAGACGAUCCGCAAAAAUGGUCCAGAAGUACCAGUCGCCCGUCAGGGUGUACAAGUACCCAUUCGAACUCGUCAUGAAGGCCUACGAAAGAAGGUUUCCAUGCUGCCCUCAGAUACCUAUUGUCGCCCACUGUGAUAUCAUAUCAGAAACUUAUUCGCCAGAUAAUUCGCUGAGAGUGACAGAAAGGAGAUGCAAGCUUCACGUCGAUGCUCCGUAUUUAUUGAAAAAGAUAAUUGGAGUGGAUUUUAUUUAUUUUAUACAAAAGAAUAGUCUCAACUUAAGAAAUAGAACUUUGGAUAUAAAAGCAUACAACGAAAGUUUUCAGUCGAGGGUCGUUGUUAACGAAACUUGCCGUUACUUUGUCCAUCCUGAAAACAAUGAAUGGACUUGUUUUGAGCAAUGCGCAGAGCUUGAUAUAAAGUCAUUUUUCGGCUUUGAAAACACAAUUGAAAAACUGGCGAUGAAACAGUUUUCGCAGAAUAUUGCGAGGGGAAAAGAAGUGCUGGAACACUUCAUAGUAGAAUUGAAAACAGAAGGAAUUACACACGUGCCAAAAUGGUUGCCAUCCCCAGAUGCCAUUUCAAAUGAGGAUACUAAUGAUAACAAUGAAGCGACUGUCAGCCCAGAAAUGGUCACAUUAUGUACAAAGCCAAGGAGGAAUUCGGGACAGCAGACAUCAAAAGUAUAUUGUACAACAUUAACUUGUUUAGAGUGUCAAUCUCAAAUUGAUUCUGAGUACAUUCAACGUUAUUUGGGACAUUUGACAUUGAUUCAGGAGUCGAGACUCGUUCAAUUGAGAAAAUCAUUCGCCCAACUGCACAAAGGAAAAGUUCCUAAUGAUACCAUGCUUUUGAGAUUUCUAAGAGCAAGAGACUUUAACGUCGACAAAGCUCGACACCUUCUCUCCGAGUCUCUCAGUUGGAGAAAGAAACAUGGGGUGGACAAAGUACUGUCUGAAUAUGUGACCCCACAAAUAGUCAAAGAUUAUUUUCCCGGUGGAUGGCAUCAUCAUGACAAAGAUGGAAGACCUGUGUAUCUUCUGAGAUUGGGUCAAAUGGAUGUGAAAGGCCUUCUCAAGACUAUUGGGGAAGAUGGUUUAUUAAAGCUAACUCUUCAUGUAUGCGAGGAAGGCUUGCGCCUUACCGAAGAAGCGACGUUGAGUUGGGGUAAACCUAUUUCUACAUGGUGCCUCCUCGUCGAUUUGGAAGGUCUGAACAUGAGGCAUCUGUGGAGGCCGGGGAUCAAGGCGCUCCUUCACAUCAUUGAGAUAGUUGAAGCUAACUAUCCUGAAACCCUUGGUCGAGUUCUUAUCAUUAGGGCUCCAAGGGUGUUUCCAAUUAUGUGGGCCCUUGUUUCAACGUUCAUAGAUGAUAUAACUAGGACAAAGUUUCUGUUAUACGGUGGAAACGAUUAUCAAGAGCCAGGUGGCCUAGUUGAUUAUAUUCCUGAAGAAUAUAUUCCUGAUUUCCUUGGUGGCCCAUGCAAGACUGUUGUACAAGAUGUAAGUCUCAUCCCGAAAAGUAUGUACUUAACUGAAGGGGAACUUUGUAAAGAGGGCCAUCACAUGACAGAUGAUAGCAUCUAUCAUUCAGUGAGCAUAACAAAGUCCCAGACCCAUGACGUUUCCAUCAAUAUAACUGACAUUGGCUCUGUAAUCACGUGGGAUUUCGACAUUAUGAAAGAAGACGUUUCAUUUUCUGUAUGCAGGUCGAACAAAUUGUCCACUAGUGACACUGACACUACAACAAACCAUGAUGCAAAUCCUUCUCCAGUAGAAGAGAUUGAACGUGUAGAAGGGCCUGUGACUUGUCGGGACGGUGAAAGUGUUCAAGGUUCCCAUGUAUGUUCGAAACCAGGAAGGUACAUCCUUUCUUGGAAGCACAUCGGUGAUCAUAAAGCUACGCUUAUGUAUUUUUACGAAAUACUUUCUUCGUCAGAUUAUAAGGGAUCAAUGUCAAGUUUGCAAUCGGGCAACAGUUCUUUUUCGGCAUUAAGCACCUCAUGUCCUGCAACGAGCAGAUGAUGUAUGGAUCUGAGUUCAUCUAACAUUCUAACUGAAGAGGAAGCAUGAGGCGUGUAUCCACUUGGCGAAUUUCCAUUUCUCAGGUCGUAAUGCGAUCGAUCACCUCUUCUUUUGUUCUCUUAUUUCCCCUGGUAUCAGUGUAUAUUUAGAUUUGUUUGUACCAUAGUCGGCAGAACAUAAUUUGAAGAUUCCAUUUUGCCAUAGCUCUUUAACUGCUAUAAUUAAAAGUCUACAUAAGCCUCGGUAGAGUUAAAGAAUAAGAAAUUUUGUAGGCAGGCCACCGUGCAAACGACAUAUUAAAAAUUUAAUUAAUUUUGUCUACCUACAUAAUUUUAUUAAAUUUCUAAUUUCAAUUCACAUAAUAUAAAGUGGUUCUUAGGCAAGAUCCAUUUUAUUAUGAAUAUUUUCAAAAUUGAAACAAACUGUACAAAACUUAAUGUAAAAUAUUUUAAAAAUUAAAGAAUUUUUAAGUCUUAACGUGUAGAACAUAAGUAGUGUAGAAAGGACAAUUUGCACGAUGAGAAUCGUUAGAUUAAUGUGCUGGCUCACCACCCCAGUGCCAACAUAUAGCAGUUAAAGAUUAAUUAAUUAGAUUUUUUGGAUAAAUUAAUUGCAAAAAAGAUUUUUAGAGGUAAAACUUGUAGGUCAGAUGGUGCAAUAGGAACUUAAUGAAACUUAAAUUUCAUUAUUAGAGGCUGUUUAGUAGAUUCACAAAUUAUUUCCAAUUGUGUAUACAUUAAUUUUUUUCAAAUUUAAAAUCACCAAAUCCUUUUUUGUAAAAGUUUGUAGUUAAAAAAGUAAUUUAUUACUAAUGUUAGACAAUAUUCAGCGUUGAAAAAAAGUGUCAAUUAUUGUUACAAUGUGAAUCGUAAGUUAAACAUUAAUAAAUUUUAUCGAGAAUAAAUUAUGUAGCUAUUGUAAAAUCUAAAAUAAGAAAUUUUAUGUAUUGAUAGAUGAAAUGUAAAUUAAUGACGUGGGAAAAAGAAGAAAUUUGUAAAAGCCUAAGACAAAAUUGAUGUUGACACAAAAAGUCAUUAAUUGUAUUUGGUCGAGAUUGAUAUGGUGUUAUUAGCGUAGGGAAUGUGACCACAAAGCAUAGUCAACCCCCUUAUUUAUAUACUUUAUUUACAUUCAUAAAAUAACUUUUUAUUUUUUACUUUUCCGUUUUUAUAUUUUUAAUUAGGUACGUAAUUAUACAAUGUUAUUAUUCGCUGAAAUUGAACAUUAGUACCAGUGUGUUUUACCUAUAGCAGUUUUUCUAGUCGUGGAGCUGCCACUUGAAAUUCCAAAUUUGCUUUUUUGUCUCGAGUCACAAAUCAAAUGUUAGUAUUUUUAGAUUUAGACUUUAGCUAAUUUUUUUUCUUUC